AACACGCUCAAAGGCAAAGAAACUAUCGCGAGCGAAACUAACCAAAAGCUAUUAAACACCUGAAUGUUGAGGAAAUGUGAAUUGUUCAUUAAUUGUAAAAAUUUCCUGUUUAUAUUUAAUUGCGGCACAAAAAAUGUUUCAGCCCGCUUCGGUUUCGCUUUCCGGGCCGGCCCUUUCCUUUUUAUUUUACGAGACUUGUAAGGCAACUUUUAGACAGGAUGGGUUUUUAUUAGGCGAAAUAAUUCACAAACAAACGACGAGUAUUACGGAUAACGAUCAGCAGCAAGUGAACGUUUAUAAAGUUAUCAAAAUAAACUCCAUAAUGCCCUGUCCUCCCGGAAAUCAGUACUUUGUCAGGGGCAGAGUGGACAAAGACAAGCUGAAGAAGUUUCUGGGAUCUAAUUUUUCAAAGGUGGUCGCGUGGUAUAAAUUCCAGCCGUUCUCGAGCUUCGAUUUUAGCUUAAAAGAUAGGGCAAUUCACAAGCAGUUGAGGGAACUUUUCGAUAUUCCUUACGAUUUGUUUUCGUGCUGUUUUUUAUCCAUAGAAUGCAGGGAUAACCUGUCGAGUUACACCUUCUCGCAGUCUUUUAUAAGAUGUUUCAACGGAUAUUUUGAUAGGUUAAGUCUUAGUAUUCCUAACUUAAGUGAAUCGAACAACUCCUACAAAAAUUCUGAACCGGCUUCGCCAGUAUUCAGUAAGAUAUUGUCAGGAUUAAAAGUCAACAUUGAAAAUGUUAAAGGAAUCGUGGCGGUUACCGAGAUUGAAAAUGCAGUUCAAAAGUACAUCAACAACACCGUUUUGGAACUCGCCAAGGCGGAAAAGGUGUUGUUCGAGUUAGAAGAAGAAGUGAACAUGUUAAAGAGGGGUUGCCACCUCAAAAUUAACUCCAAUCGUGGUAAUGCGGAACAUGCCUCACAAGGCAGUGCAAAAAAUGAUGAUUGUGAAGAAACCGAAGACCUUAUAACUUUUGCCGAAGAUCCGCUGUCCCACCUACCCCGGGUUAUGGAAGAAGAAGGUUCUCAAGAAACAAGAAAGCGCAGGACUAACAAAAAUUCCGAGGAGAGUGACAUUGAUGUAAGUUUUGACGGUGACUCUAAUAAAAAGGAAUCCGAUACUCUUAGAGGUGCGAUUACGAGAUCGAGUACCACUCCCGAAGGUAGGGAAACCAGGAGCAGGAGCAAAAAAAAGAUAUUAAACUAAAUAUUUUGAAUUCUUGUAAGCACGACCAAUUAUUUUCUCAAAAAUUAAUUUAAGCUUUUUACUCACCAAAUAUUAUUUUACAUUAAUUACAUAAGGGUACAAGUUAGUAAUUGUAAUUUUUAGAAUUAUGUCCUCCAAUAUAAAAUCAAUUAUAAACGAACUCUUAUAAUUUAGAAAAAAAAGUUUGAUGCAAAAGUUACAGGAUUCAAUGUGUAGAUUUAAUAUUACCUAUUUAUUUAUGACAAAAAAGCAUAGGAUAUCAAAGUUAUAUUUCUUAAAUUAAGAGUCCCAUAUAUUAUUUAAUAAAACGGAAGGUCCCUUAUGGUGAUUUAAAAAAUAUGCUAAACGUUAAUACUUAUUUUUUACGUUAAGGCCAAAAUUACCCAAAAAUAAAAUCAUUACUUAGUUGGCCAAGCAUGUUCCACUUCUUUUAAAAAAGAAUGAUGUUUUCAGUUCAAAUUUUCAAAAAAAUCGAAUUAUCAUUGUACAAAAAAAAAGACAAUAAUGCAAAUAGGGUCAGGGAAUAUGUUGCAUAAAAAAACAUAGAUAAUAUAAAUAUAUAAAUAUUAAUUUAUUGAUUAGGAAUAUUGCGUUAAAUGUAAAAAAAUUCCAUCAUUUUCUCGAAUACAGAGGUGAUGCCCUCUUUUCAACGUGUUUAAAGCUUUAAUUAUCCCUUCAUGUUGAGAAUUAUGAAUAUUUACUUUAUUUAUGUAUUUCACUACUAAUCAGUUUUUUUAAUGAUCAACUAACCAAAAAGGUAUCUGGAAAAGUGAAAUCUGGGCUAUCCCACAAGCCACGUUGCAUUGUUCACAUUUUUUUUAUAAAACAUUUUAAAAUUUUCCUCAAUUGCAAACAUUCUUUUAUCGAAUUUUUUUAAAUUGAUAUUUAAGAUAUGCAGUAACUGUCAUAGUUGACGUGACGUUGGCGUGACGUCAUGAUGAGACAUGGCCAACUAAGCGACGAUUUUAUUUUUGGCUAAUUCGAACCUUAGCGUAACAAAUAACUAUAACAUGCUAUAUAUUUUUGAAAUCAGCAUAAAAAAAUCUUUCUUCUGAUAAAAUAAAUACAGGGCUUACGAUAUUAAAAAAAUAUAACUUUCAUAACACUGCCCGGUAGUUUGCAACCCUAUAGUUAGGUUGGUGAUAUUGUGUAAAUUGGUAAUACUAUGCUUGAUGUCGUUUUACUCCCUGUGCUAACCAACUAUAGAAUACUUUGUCUUUUUUUAUAAGUUCAAACAUAGAAUUUAAGAUUUCUAGUAAAUUAUUAUGCUAAAUUCUUUAAAAAACGUAGAAAUUUCAAAUUCUAUGUGUUUGAACUUCUAAAAAAAGACAAAGUAUUCCAUCACAACAAGCAUAUUUGGUGUGGGAUUGUUGGGUUGGCAACACUGCCCGGAUGUCUGCAAUCUUAUAGUUGGAAGCAGACUGAAGAAAGUACGUGAAAUAAUUACUUAUGUUAAUUAAAUCGAAUAAUUUUACGGAACUACGGCAAAUUGAAUUGGCGAACAAUAAACCUAAUAUGUAACAUAUAUAGUAUGCUUUUUGGGCGCACCCUGUAUAUUAAUGAGUGUGUAAUAUUAUAUCUACACAUCUGUCUUAUGAGAAAUACCUGUUGAAGUUAACAAUAGUUACGUAUCUAAGGAAAAGUCUGGUGCAUUUCGAGACUUUAUUUUUAAUGAGGUUGUACAAAUUGCCUUGAAAGUAAUAACAAACAAUUAGUUGUGCUUAUGUCGAUAAUAUUGAAAAAUCGCCGUUAUAAAUUUUAUCACGUACUGUGAUAUCUGUAUUUUUGUAGCUGUAGCUAGUCCUAGAGCAGUUGUUAAUUUAAUUAAAUUUAACCAGGAAGGACGAAUAAAUGUUUUCUGUUGAUACUGUUUAACCAUUGUGUUCUUGCUACCAUUUUUUAUAAUAUAUAUUUAUAUGUAAGUGCCAUAACAACAAUAAGUUGUUUUGAAUUUGUAUUUUUUCAAAUUCACAGUGCAAAAAAUAUUAUUGUACAAAUUUUCAGCGGUAAAGCUGUAAAGCAUAACGAAACUACCGUGUAAAUCCUUAUAUUGUUUUAUGGCACUGCAAAUCUAUUUACUUCGAUCCAUACAUUAUUUUACUAGCGCAAACAUGUAUAUAAUGUAAGUUACCUACUCCGUUAUAUAUUUAGAAAAUAAAAUAUUGCUUCGCACUAAUUAUUUCUUCAUUCUAAUUAAAUUUUCUUGUAAAAUUCUCUGUAAACUUUGUUGUUAGUUUUGAUUUUUUAUAUUCAAUUUAAUUUUACCGUGGAUUUUUAUGUAUCAUAUUUGAAUAUGCCUU